CUCGCAUUUACCUUCCAUCCACAUUGAGAGCAGUUUGCUCAACUUUACUGCCAGCCAAUCCAAAGACUGUCCGAGCCGCAUUUGCGUACAAGAUCCAAUCAAUAAAGGAUCUUAUUGACCCUACCGAACGCGGCUCUCAUCCAAAUCCACUCUUUCUCACGAGUUUUCGCAAUGCUUUCCCUUAGCACAUUUCUCCAUCGCUUUACGGUAUCAUGCUGAUGCAGAAGGCUCUUCCCAACAGACCCUGACCGCAUGUCUCCACCUGCGCGCUUCUGCGAUGUCGGAAUAGCACGCGGCGCACCCGCGCUUGGUCACAGGACAUUCCGUUUCCGUCAUACAUACCCGUCGGCGUCCGGCUACGCUAGGAUCCGGUGAGCCUUGUCAGAACACAGACGGUGGAGCACACCCUACGCACUGCACGCUACACGAACUUCGCCUCACCUCAAUUUGACUCCGCCACCUCCGAAGACGACGAGAUGUACCUCAAGUCCCCGUUCCCCGCGCUCCCGACGCUGCCCGAGAUGAAUUACUAUCACGCCAUGUUUGGGCGACCGGAUCAGGUGGACUGGCCGGAUUACACAGUCCAGAUCGAGGCACGGACGGGUCGGAAACGCACCUUCAAGCAGCUGCGAGAGCGGAUCGCGUGGGGAGCAACGGCCUUGGGCGGGAAAGUCGAGGAUGGGGGCUUGGCCUUGAGCGGAGGGGGAGACGAGAUCGUGGCGCUGCUUGGCGACAACUCUCUCGACUUCAUUGACGCGUGUCUGUCUCUGCUGGCAAUCGCGACGCCCUUUGCACUGAUCUCGACGUACUCGACCCCGUUUGAGCUCGUCCACGGCCUCAAACUGACGAAAGCCACCCGCGUCUUCGUCGAUGCUCAUCUGCUGAAGAAGCUCCUGGUGGCGAACCGCGAGGUGCACAUCCCAUUAGACAAGAUCUACAUCCUCAACGGGUCGGCUACCAAGGGUCACAAAAGUCUCGCUCAGCUCAUCGACGGAGUACGGCUGAGAAAAAUCGCUCUGGAGGCCGUGCGGCCGGCCACGAAGGACACGCUGGCCUAUCUGGUCAUGUCCAGUGGGACCAGCGGUCUGCCGAAAGCGGUAAUGAUUUCGCACGGGAACUUGUUGUGUUCGAUAUACCAGGGCAUCAUCCUUGCCCAAGUGGCAGACCCGUUCAAUCCCAACAGGCGGCCUUCAGAACUGGUCGCGCUGGGUGCUCUUCCGAUGUUCCAUUCGUACGGGCUCCACUCGUAUGUCUUCAGAUGCACGCUUGUUCAAGCUACCUUCGUGAUUCUCCCUCGAUGGAACACAACGGAGUACUUGCAAGCCAUCCCCAAAUACCGAGCAACCCAUCUCGCGCUGAUCCCAUCAGCGGUGCACCAGAUCGUCACCCACCCCGACCUGCGCAAGACAGAUCUGAGCUCCGUGACCUCCAUCAUCUCCGGCGCAGCCUACCUCCCGAAGCAGUUGGCGGACAAGAUGACGAGCCUGCUGUCCAACGGCUCCGAGGUCUCACAAGGCUACGGCCUCUCCGAAUGCGUAAUGAGCCUUCCGUGCACCCCGUCUGCCCCGCGCGUAUGUACUGACCGCUGUGCCUAGACGAUCGCCGCGCUGACCCGGCCGUACGCCGGCAUGCUCGGCAUGGGGGCGCCGCCGCCAAACGUGACAGGAAUCCUGCUGUCCGGGCUGGAAGCCCGCACCGUGCGCGAGGACGGCAGCGAGGCCGGCCCCAACGAGACCGGCGAGCUGUGGCUCCGCGGGCCGAACAUCACGCUUGGGUACUGGAACAACCCGAAAGCGAAUGCGGAGGCGCUUGCGGGCGACGGGUGGCUGCGGACCGGAGACCAGUUCCGGAUUGACGAGAAGGGGUACUUCUUCUUCGUAGAUCGUGGCAAGGCAAGUACCAAUAGAGGCAUAAAUAAGACAAACAGCUUCAGCUGAUCCCGCUACAGGACACGCUCAAGGUCUCCGGUGUGCAAGUAUCGCCGAAGGAGAUCGAGGACGUGCUGUUCUCCCACCCCGGUGGCCUGCUCACCGAUGCGACCGUCGCGGGUGUCAGCGGCGGCCGCACGUUUGACGAGAAAGUGCCCCGGGCGUGGAUCGUGCUCAGCAAGCACGGGAGAAAGACGGGCGAGGCCGCUGUCAUCAAGGCUUUGCAGGAGUGGCACCACGAGAGGCUGAGCAAGUACAAGUGGCUCCGGGGUGGGAUCGAGGUGGUUAGAGAGGUGAGUUUGUAUCUCAGGGAACACCGCCCUUGUCUCGACACCACCAACCCUGUGCAGAUCCCGAAGAACGCUACGGGCAAGACGCUGCGGCGAGAGCUGCAGGCCAAGUACGAGGCCAAGGUGAAAGCCAAGCUCUGAUUCGAAAUGAUCAACAGUCCCAGUUGAGCAUGAUUAUGAAUUAGUCGAUAAUUACAGUGAAAUGUUUGACAUAUCGGGUUUCAUGCAGGAGUGCUAUAUACCGUUCUUCAGUUCCAGAGCUCAUGAACAGAUAUCACGCAUAAGCUGGAGGCAAG